UUCCUAACACUUUUACAAUUUUUCCUAGUGGGAUUGAUAUCAACCUGUCUUUCAAUGAGCUCUCAGGUCCGGUUCCCCCAUGCGCCAACUUUAUGAAUGCAUCCAUACAUGGUAAUCCAGGUUUGUGUGGAAAUGUUACCGGAGUGAAACUUUGUGCAAGUCAAAUUAUCAAGAAGAAAAACUAUCUGUUUCAUCAUAAGCUCUUCCUUGUAAUUAUGCCCCCUCUUAUCGGGGCAGUUUUAUUUGGUUUUUUCAUGUGUGGGCUCAUUGCUUAUCGAAAACAAAAGAAAAACUCUCCACAGAAACCAUUAGAAGAAGAAAGUGGUGAUUAUUUCUCCAUUACAAGUUUUGAUGGAAAAGUAGUGUACGAUGAUAUCUUGAAGGCAACAAAUGAUUUCGAUGAAGCAUACUGUAUCGGGAUCAGAGGAUAUGGGACUGUUUACAAAGCCGAGCUACAACCUAACAAUUUGGUAGCUGUCAAGAAACUUCACUCAUCAUUUGAAAAUGUUGAUCAUAAUGGGUCCCUUAAUGAGAUACGAGCAUUAACCAACAUAAGACAUCGAAACAUAGUGAAACUUUAUGGAUAUUGCUCACAUGCCCGCCACUCAUUUUUUAUUUAUGAAUACCUUGAAAAGGGAAGCCUUGGAUCAAUCUUAAGAAGCGAUGUCUUAGCAAAAGAAUUGGAUUGGUUGAAAAGGGUCAAUAUUGUAAAGGGUAUAGCUAAUGGUUUGGCUUAUAUGCAUCAUGACUGCUCACCUCCUAUAAUUCAUAGAGACAUUUCCAUUGCCAACAUCCUUCUUGAUUCUGAUUAUGAGGCACAAAUUUCUGAUUUUGGCACAUCCAAGCUUUUAAAGCUAGACUCAUCCAAUUGGACUGCAAUUGCUGGGACCUAUGGUUAUAUCGCACCAGAGCUUGCUUAUACGAUGGUGGCAACCGAGAAAUAUGAUGUGUAUAGCUUUGGGAUUGUUGCAUUAGAAGUGAUCAUGGGAAAGCAUCCUGGUGAACUACCAACAUUGUCUGCUGAUUAUCUGGUGUUAGCAAAUGUUAGAGAUAGUCGGAUUCCACUUCCUUCACAACAAGUUGAAAAACAGGUUAAUUUGGUACUGAAUCUCUCGAGAGCAUGUUUGAACUCAAAUCCACAAGAAAGGCCAACAAUGCGCCAAGUUUCAAAUUUGUUGAUGAAGGCUUGAUAUUGGUGUACUUUCAAUGUUAUUUUCUUUUAUAAUGUUCCUUAUAUGCACCCUCAUAAUAUGUAUUUAGUUGAAUGCCUUUUUGUUAUAAUACUUCUCAUAUGUUUUCUUAAAAUAUUAUGUAGUAGAUAAACAAAUAAGACAGUGAAGAUUGCUAUCCUUUUAGACGCUUCACUUAUGGAAAAUCAAGUAUGAGUCAAGGACAAAUCUAUUGCUUAAUACUUCACGACUGAUAAGCUACAUAAACUUUGUCUGAAAUUUAGC